UGAGCUGACUGACUAUCGGCAGGUCAGCCGGGCGGGUUCAAAGACUGAGGAGAGGAGAGGAGGAGGACCAUUGAAAAGCUGACGAGAGUCGGAGAAGUUCUGUUUCGAAACAACGUUGCAAAAUUUAGCCACUUCUUUGUCGAACAAAGUUAUUUAAAACAGUAACGUUAAUCAAAAAUGGGGAAUCGGGUCGCCCGUGAGGACUACGAAUGGGUGUAUACGGACCAGCCGCAUGCCGACAGGAGAAAAGAGAUACUGGCCAAAUACCCAGAAAUCAAGACAUUGAUGGGUCCUGACCAGAGGCUCAAAUGGAUUGUGUGCAUGAUGGUAGCUAUACAGUUUUUAGCUUUCUACUUGGUCAAAGACUUGGACUGGAAAUGGGUUUUGUUUUGGACUUAUGCCUUUGGCAGCUGUAUCAACCACUCAAUGACCCUUGCUAUUCAUGAGAUCUCCCACAACACUGCCUUUGGAAACAACAAGGCCAUGUGGAACCGCUACUUUGCCAUGUUUGCCAACCUACCCAUCGGCCUGCCCUACUCUGCCUCCUUCAAGCGCUAUCACCUGGACCAUCACCGCUACCUGGGUGGAGAUGGGGUUGAUGUGGACAUCCCCACUGAGUUUGAAGGCUGGUUCUUCUGCACACGCUUCCGCAAAUUCAUCUGGAUUAUUCUGCAGCCGCUGUUCUACGCCAUCCGACCCCUCUGCAUCAACCCUAAACCCAUCACUCAGCUCGAGGUGACCAAUGUGGUCGUCCAGCUCACCUUCGACAUCCUGCUCGGCUGUCUGUGGGGGGCCAAGCCUGUGUUCUACAUGCUGGCUGGCUCCAUGUUGGGAAUGGGCUUACACCCCAUCUCUGGUCACUUCAUAGCUGAGCACUACAUGUUCCUCAAGGGCCAUGAGACCUACUCCUACUAUGGUUCCCUCAACUUGCUCACCUUCAACGUGGGCUACCACAAUGAACACCAUGACUUCCCCAGCAUCCCAGGACGCAGGCUGCCCAUGGUGAAGAAAAUAGCAGCAGAGUAUUAUGAUGACCUGCCUCAGUACACAUCCUGGUUGAAGGUCCUGUACGACUUCAUCAUGGACGAUACACUGAGCCCGUACUCUCGAAUCAAGAGGAAGCUGAAGGGAGAUAUCAAACAGGAGUAACUACACUGAAAGCUUCUCUGGAACAACGCUGCAGUGUCCAUCAUGACAGCAGCCCGGAUCACCGUCCUAUAAACUUAACAGCUUCUGCGUGUUAAUACAUUCGGCAUGGGAAAUUAAGGUGGACAUAUUGAAAAAGUUCUUUUCCCCUACAGGAAGAAAAAAUAGUUUAUCAUCCAGGUCAGAAAAAUCAAUACAUUUUGUGUUACAGUAUGAUUUUAGAUGUUGUGAUUAUAGGCAGUGCCUAGGUCUGGUUGCACAAAGACUUUGCUCCGAUUAAACAAAUAGUUCAACUUAAAAUAGACAACUAAUUUGUUAUGUAUACUAAAUGAAGUAUAACUGGAUGGAUGGCUCGUCAUUAAAUUUGGUAUAUACAUUAAUGUCACACUCAGGAUGAACUGUAAUCACUUUGCUGAUCUUCUGACAGUUCAAAAUUUCAAUUUGUCGAGUACUUUGGUUUAAAGUACCCCCAAAUGUCUACCUAAGGCAUUGUGUUCAGGCUCUUUCACGGCUGUCCGAGAUAAUCUGCUGCCAUUCCAGCUGAUGUCUUAAUGUGCACAGCACAUGUGAGUGCUCUGUUUACAUUAGGGCUAUUUCCAGUGUCUUGGAGGCCACAGUGAUCAGUAAUGAGUAAAAACAAAGAAGUUGUCAGUAACAACACUUAACAUUUAAAUAUGAACAGACUGCUGGAAGAGGUGCUUCUGUAUCAAGUGGCUCUGUUGUCCUCUGAUCGCCACUUUAACACAUCUCAAAUUAGUUUUUCUUAACGGUUUGCUUGAGCCUAGUAGGAGCAAAAUAAUACUGUCUUUGUGCAGCCAGCCUCAGAAAUUAACCACCAACAAAGCUACACAGCCAACCAAAAAAGUCCACACAGGUUGUUGUACCAUUUACUCCAUGUCAAAGGUGUUUCUAUUCUGCCACAGAGAUUAAUUUUAUACAACUGAAUGAAUUUAGACAUUUAGACAACAACAAGAAAGCCGCUUUGCUAUUGGUUGAGUAUCAAUGUGUGUGUGCGUGCGUGUGUGUGUGUGUGCCUGUCUGUGUGUGUCAACAUGGACCAAAGUUGAACUCUUGAGUGAGUGACUUCACUCAUCAUUAAGAUUUAGUUUGUUGCAAUGUGAGUGUGAUCCGGUUAGUUUGAAUGGACAUGCAAUAAGUUUAUGGGGAGGCCGGCAUUGGUUGCUUUAUAUGUUAAAUGUAGUUUGUAACCUUUUUUGGCUUGUGACCCUUUUUCUUCAACUGCUUUGCUUUUUAACAUUUGACACUUUUAAUGUAUCACAUUAAUGUAUCACAUUAUACAACCUGUUGUCCUGCUUUGUACAGACUGACUGUAACAGGUCAGUGUGAGGUUGGAUUGUAUGAGAUGCUUCUUACAGCCAGAGACAGAAAGCAGUCAUAUUAAACACCAUGAAUGUUUAAGUAAUCAAUUGUCCAGUGCUGUUGAACCUGACUGAUGCAAAGUCAGCCUCUGAAUUUGUGGGCCAGAUGUGUCAAUAAAUUUGUAACAAGUGG